GACCUGCCCCCCCAGGCCCGUCUCAGGCUCUCCUGCCCUUGUCCCCAGCGGCACCCCUCUGCCUCGCCGCUCGCAGGGGCGGGAGUGGGCGGGGCCGCCCAGCUCUCUCUCCCCGAGCUGCCGGAGAGAGGCCGGGCCAUGGCGACAGCGGCCGUGUGUCCUGUGGGCGGCGGGAGCCUGCAGCGUCCCCGCCUCCUGUCCCGGGCUGUGCCUGCCCCCGACUUUUCUCCGUGCUCCGGGUAAGGGGCUGCUGUUUCCCCGAGGGCAGUGAGUUCCUCCCCGCGGGGUACGCAGGCAGGGAGCGACUGUGUGGGGGGCAGAGGAGGCAUACAGAGCACACCUCUGGCUGUGACCUGGAGGCACCUAGUACUCACUGGAUGGAAUAACUUCAUGACCGUGGUAUGAAGAGUGAUCUGCUUGGCAGAGCAUCUGAAGCAGCCAUCUACACUGUGCCACUGGCGUGGUGAAGUGUGUCUAGCUAUGGUGAAGCUUGGAUCUGCGUCAUGGCCCAUGAUAUUUCUGUCUGCAAGAACCUGGUUCCAGUUUCUGUGAAUCCAGACCCUGAGGAGCAGGGAAGUACGGACCUUGUGGAAGGAUCACUGGAUAGAAAACUGCAGAGGCCUCUCCUGGGAAAGUCAAGGACCCUUCCCAGCAUUCCUCAGUCCCCUGUCCUCAGCAGGGUUCCUCUUUUGGAUUCAAAAUUGUAUAGGGAGGAGAUGCCAGAGCAGAAGCAGUACAAGAACCACUCUGCCUCAGACUGUCAGAAAGGGUGCACAGUGCCCUCUGCUGGGGAGGCCUGGCAGCUGGAAGACGAUUGUGUGGAGCCUCCCGGGGAUACCGCUCCCCAGACCCAGCUCUGCACUGCCAUGGACGAGGCCCCAUUCAGGCACUUCCAGACGCACUCCUUCUACAUGAGGAAAAGCCUGUCUAUGGACAACCACCUGAGCUCCCUCAGUUACUCUCUCCACCCGUCAGAGACGAAGGCUGAUCGCGUCAAAACCAAGCUCAGGAGGCAGUUUAGCCUUGGGUCAGCGGACAAGAAGGACUUUUUCCAACCAAAGUCGGAGAGCAGCCUCUCUAAGUUUGCCCACCGCUUGUCAGUUAAGCAGAAGCAGGAGAAGAGGAGGAAAGCUGAGUAUGCCUCAGCUGAGCUGCCUGCAUUCCGUCCCAGGUCUCUGAGCAUUGAAUGGUCUUCCUUGCCUAAGAUGACACAGCAGAUGCGGGACAUUCAGCUGGCCCAGGCCAGGAAGCCACCAGGACCCUCCUCCCCGAAUGCCGCCAAGAGGCUUUACCGCAACCUCUCGGGGAAGUUCCGUGUUAACUACACUUCAUUCGAUGAGGGCAGCUUGCCAGGGAGGAGUGAGAAGGAGAAGCUACGCAAGACCUAUCUUUUUCAGAGCAAUGCGGCUCUCUUUGAAGCUGUUGAGCUACAGGAUCUGGACAGAGUGCAGGAGCUGCUAAAACAGUACAGCCCAGAGGAGCUGGACCUUAACACCCCAAACAGCGAGGGGCUGCUGCCGCUGGAUAUCGCCAUCAUGACCAACAAUGCCCCCAUUGCCAGGAUGCUGCUGCAGGCCGGAGCCAAGGAGAGUCCACACUUCGUGAGCCUAGAGAGCCGCACCUUACAUCUGACGACGCUGGUGCGGGAGGCAGAGCAGCGAGUCAACGAGUUCACCGCACAGGUGGCGAAUGAGACGCCCAACACUGACUGCUCAGAGAAGGAGAAGCAGCUGAAGUCCUGGGAGUGGCGCUACCGGCUUUACAAGCGCAUGAAAGCUGGUUUUGAGCAUGCCUGUGCGCCGGACCCACCCGCUAAUGUGCACCUGUCUGUGGCCAGCAGCAGUUCUGUGCAGGUUACCUUCGGGGAGCCCCUAAGUAUCAACUCAGCUGUUGUCACCAAAUACAAAGUUGAGUGGAGCUGUUCCCCAACCUUCUCCCCUCCCCUCGGGGAGGUGGUGAUCGACAAACUAAAGAACCUGCACUUCACCAUCCAGGGGCUCAUGUCGGGCACGGCCUACUAUGUCCAGGUGUCGGCCUACAACAUGAAGGGCUGGGGACCCCCGCAAGCCUCAGUGCCACCCUUUGCUAUCCCCUCCAACUGGCGGGAAUAUGAUGGGAGAGCACCAAGGCAAAGGGGACAAGCCGAAGCCUUAGAUCACCUUCUCAGCCAGGUGAAGACUGUGCAUCAGCAUUGUGUCUGCCAUGAGUCCUGCAAGAACCAGCCCCAGAGCAGGAAGCACUCGGUCUCCAAAAGCCUGAAGCACCUUUUCCACCCUGGCAGCAAGUUCUUAAAGAGUCUGAAAAGGGGCCUGUAUCUCACCUCCAUCUUCUACAAAGACGACAACAUCCUGGUGACACAUGAGGAUCAGAUCCCUGUGGUGGAGAUAGAUGACACCUACUCCUGCCUACUCAUGCAGGACUUCCUCUGGUUCACCAAGGUUGCCUGCAUGUGGGAUGAGAUCUUGUGGCUGCGUCAGUGUCUCACCGUCUCCCAGUCAUCCUGCUCCUGCAUCCUGCAGACGCGCUUCAAGAUGCUGCUGGCCAUCUCACAAAUGCAGGGACUGCUAGGAAUCCAGGACUUGGGACAGGUCUUCUUUGAGCCAAUCAAAGACAAGCAGGGCAACAUCUUGAUAGUGACACUGAAGGAGGUGAAAACCAACCAGACUUUUGAGAGCGUCCGCUGGGUCCCCCUUUCCAAGCUGCAGACAAGCCGCAAGUCCGUCUCCUCUCCAGAAGAGCCCACCUCUCUGGAUAUGCUGCUGAUGACAAUGCAGGACAAGCUGGCUUAUCACCAGAGAAGCAGCCAAGCCCUCGCCCCAGGCCUCUACCUGGCCUAUCUGAAGCUCUGCAGUGCAGUAGACCAAAUCCGAGUGCUGGUGCCUGAACAGUUACCCAAUAUCCUUUGCCAUGUGAAAAUACGGACCAAUCCCAACAUCUCCAGGGAGGAGUGGGAGUGGCUACAGAACCUGGCCAAUUUGGAGGAACCAAGUCCCACUGAGCCAGAGUCUGAGACUUCCCAGAACCCCUGGUAUCAGGAGCUUCAAGGGGCCAUUAAGGAGCUGGUGAACCUGGUCAACAUCCCCCUGCGAGAGGCUAAAGAUUUCCGUCUGUACAGUCAGGAGGUGCUAGACUUCGGGGGACAUGUCUCCUUUCUCCUGCUGCUUCCUCCAUCUGAUGACGUCUGCACUGCCCCAGGCCAGAAUAGCCCCUACACCCCUCGCUCUGGCUUUCUCACACUGCCUCUCCAGAUCUUUGAGCUAGUUCACUUCUUCACGUAUGACCGAGAGUUCAUCAGCCAGUAUUGCCAGGUGUCUGCGCUCCUGGAGCUGGAGUCUCUCCUUUCCCAGCAGAGCCUCAGGGAAGCCUUCUCAGAUGCUGAGCUCUCCACAGCUAAGCAGAGGCACCAGCAGGUUCAGGACUACAUACAGCAAAUGGAGGAGAUCUGGCGUGAGAUGCGCUGGAUGAUGGAUGCCUUGCAGCAUGCCCGGUACAAGCAGCCGUCUUGUGGUGUACCUCUCACCUGGUUCCUCAAUGAAUCCAGCGGUGCAAUGAAAGAGAAAACACAGUCCACGUCAUCGCAUCUGGACUACCUCCCCUCACCCACCCCAUCUCCAGAAACAAGCCGCAAGCUCAACUCUGCAGAUUCCCACGGGAUCUCGGAUGAGGAGGGCUCGUCGGAGGUGUUCCUGGCUACAGACAGCGACUAUGAUUCCAGCAGGGCCCAAAGCCCCAAGGAGCUGGACCUGGUUUACUCCUUGGGGCCUGAGUGCUGUGGCAGAAAAAUUGCCCGAACCUUGAGGGACAGUGCCCCUGAUGUCCUGCAGAGCCAUGAACUCAAAGCCCCACCGCUGCUCCCAGAGGAACCCCGGCCACCCCCAGAGCUGUAUGACAGUGACUUUGUCCUCCCCAGCCGGCAGAUUGAGCUCCUCCGCAUCACAGAGAAGCGUCAGGCCUACUGCGUCCGCACAAGCAGCUUGGAUUUCCCCAAGCCCCUCUUCCAGGUGGCCAGGAAGUCCUGUCCUGGCUCCGUCGAUAGCUCCCCGACAGAAACCAGGACGACGGGCCAGUGCAGCUUGCUCAGGCUGGACACUGGCUCAGCUUUCAGCCCCGAGCACAGCCAGGCUGUUGAAAGCUCUGAGCCUGUCUUCCGGACACGCUCAGUGGAAUGGACUCGCACCUUCCAGGAGCCACCGGAGCUGGGAUACAUAGCGAACCGAGGGAAGAAGCCAGGCUCAGCCACCUUACGGGUCUGUCCUCAGUAUGAAACCGGACUGUCCAACGAGACCAGCGUUAAGCUGCACGUCACCACCAAGAUGUCAGCAGAAGAGGUGGUGAAGCUGGUGGUGCUGGAGAUGAAUGAGGUCUCCCGGAAUGUGCUGGGCAACGUGGAUGCCUUCUGCUACAGCGAGGAUCAGCUGGAUCACUUUGGACUAGUGUUCGUGUCAGACGACACCGAGCAGUGGCUGCCCGACGACUUCUUACCCCUCUCUCUCCACAACGCCUGGCCUGAGGGGCGGUUCUAUGUCCGAAUCAAAGAGACAUCCCCUCUUUUGUUCCAGUAUGGGCCAGCAACCACAGUAUGAAAGGAGGGGAGUGGACAGGGUAAACUAGAGGAACCUCAACUUCCACUGAGCAAACAGCUCGUCUCCAAUGCUUCCUUCCUACUCAGACACCCUCUCGUCAGACAUCCCCAGGGUGGAAUAGGAUCACACUAGGCUGUGUAUUACUUGUUUGUGUUUUUUUUUUUAACCAAAGACACAUCAAGACUUGGUUUUUAUGACUGCAAGAGAUGAGGUGGAGCACAGAAGACUUCACAGCCUUGGGGGGAGCAGUAGCUGGAAUAGGAUUUUUGAAAGUCAAUAUUUUGUGAGGAGGGAGGAAGAGUGAGUAGAAAAAAAUCACAAAGAAGCAGCAGCAACAAUACAUAAUUCUCCCCCUCCCUCGUACAAUCUAAAUUUGGGAUUUACUGAAGGAUAAGCCAGAGAUUUCCAGGCGGCGUGGGGAGUGUGGAUGGGAGAAGGAGGCAACUUGAAAAGAUGUUGCAGAGAAGAUUGUUUUGUUAACUGUCCUUGUUUCUAUACCAGGAGAAACACUUUAUUGCACACAGUUCUUGGAACAAAAUUAUUUUUUCUCCUUUAAAAAAAAAGUGCAAGAAACACUGGAGCUGUGUGAAAGCCGGACAUCCUUUUUACUUCUUUUAAAGGCAAAAGGAAACCGCACACAUGCGUGCACACAUACUGACACUCACUGAUGUUGCCAAUAUAGGUUUGCUACAGAGCAUUUCCCACAAUGCAUUUAGCACUUCUGUUAAGUUUUGUUUCUUUUGGUUACCGUUUUAUUCUGGUGAUUGUGAUUGGCCUCUCUUAUAUGUCCAAUAGCAUGAUGUUUUGUUAGCGACUAGGUCUCUUGUUAACUAAGGUUGUUUUUUGAACUCCUGUGGUCCAUAGUAAAGAUGGCUGUGUUGCUGA